AUGUCUUUACUUUUAUGCAGUUCAAAGCUACCCACCUUGCAAAGAGUACUCACUCAGUGCUAUCCAGAGUCUCUAAAGGUGUGUGGCGCUUUGCAUAAUAUAAUAAAUGGAAACCCAUUCAAGCUGCAGGUUUUGGUAGAUCAGUGGCCAAACAUCACCUCUGUUGUUUGCCGCCCUCGACUGGAGGACAUGAUGGAUCCCACAGACAAAUACACCAACACAUAUUUUCUGUUUAGCAAAGAUCAACAAAGACUGAGUGAAAUUCUGCAAGACCCACAGACUAUAAACUGGAGCCACCAAUUUCAGAUACAGGGGUGCCAGUCGGACCUGGGAGAAGUGCUUCAUGAAGCAAGUGCCAAGCAUAAGAACAGCAUAACGACCACCAACUACCUGUUGUAUACGAAAGAGAGCAUCCAAAGCCAUGAGGAAACUGACCAGCUUUCCAAGCUGAGCCAAAAUAAAUGGCAGAUUUCUUCCUUGUCAUUCAAUGAAGCAUCCGUCGUUAAUGCAAACUGGAAGUAUGGAGGAAACAAGCAUAGUCUGCAUUAUUUGGAGCGAUGUAUCCAAAAUGUACCAACAGUCUGUGCCCGAGAAAAGGAUAGUGGUCUGCCUGUCUCAUGGACAUUGUGUGAUCCCACUUCUGCAUUUGGCAUGGGGUAUACACUCCCUGCCUACAGAAACCAUGGAAUAAGCUUCCCAAUUAUAGUUACAAUGGCUACUAUAAAUUAUAAGAGGGGUACACCAAUCUUCUGUGAGGUAGCCCCUGAAAGCAAAAUAAGCCAGAGAGCUCUUUUAAGGACAGGGUUCAAACAACAGAGUAUAUCAUGCAUGUGGGAAUUCAGUCCCUUUAAGGCAAAACAGCGUGGGCCGCAUGCAGCCUAG